UGUGAUGUAGCCGAUAGCCACUAGUUAGAUUUUGUAAAGUAAUGCGUUCCUCCUCUUUGGAUUUUUUAUUUUCCUCCGCAUUGCCAAAAAAAGAUUCAGUUAUCUUGGCUGAUGCUAAGAAUGUGUUGAAAAAUGCGACAAAGAAAGGCAAAAUGUUGGUGCAAAGGUUUGUAUUGAAAUAUUGGUUUGUCAUAUUCCUUGAUCAUUUGUAUAUUGCAGGGUGGAAUUUGUCUGAUCUCGUCUUGGCAUCUUUUAAAACUUUUCAUUCUUAACUAUUAUCCAUUGCCAGCUCCUGUUGCUAAGCAGCAAUUCCCAUGAAAGUUUGAAGGCAUAUCUGACUCUAGCACUAUGAAUGAUUUCUUCAUGCACAUAAUACCAGCUGAAGUGGUAGAAAUGUCAGGUCCUGUGUGAUUUGGGUGACUUCGACUUCAUAACUUUAACUGGAGAUUUGUUGCUGUGGUGCUAAAAAUACAUUCUGUGAGAUAUUGAAUUGUUUUGGGUCACAGAACAUGGGCAUAUCGACAACAAUUUUACUGCCUCGGGGUCUGUCAUUACUGAGUAUAGCCCUCCAAAUUGGCCUGGUUUGGUGUAAUUAUGUCAUGUUUACCUUUACCCACCUGCCCGUCAUGGCAUUCUGGGACACCUUUUUGUGUCAUCUGGAUAUCUUUCUGGCUGCCAAUUUCCCCCUGUCUCGGGCUCAGUCCAUGCACCCACGGCCCCUUGGUUCAACGAAGGGGACAAUUCAGUCAAGUUUAACAAGGCAGAAUAACAAACUGGUUGCUUCGAGUUUGUAUGGGCCUUGUUUAUGUUGGCCAACGUAUUGUAUUGAUUUCCCCAGCGAUGUCUGUCAUUGUGGAUGUCAACUGGCUAUAAUGAUUAAAAUCGUUUUGUUGUUUGUUUUGUUAUUGUUGCCAGAUGAAGACAAGAUCCAGAAUAUAAUUGGGUUUAAUCUAGGCCGUCCUUAACAAACUCUGAAAACACCCGCAGACGUCCUUAUCUUUCUCUGCAAAAAGGUGUUUCUGCACCCCUGGUAACCACACACACCUUCCCGCCAAGAUGGUGGUGCUGUCGCUGAAGAUCUGCGUGCGCCAGUGCAACGUGGUGAAGACCAUGCAGUUCGAGCCCUGCACGGCCGUCUACGACGCAUGCAGGAUCAUCCGCGAGCGCGUUGCUGAGGCGCAGGCUGGACAGGCCUCGGACUAUGGCCUGUUCCUCUCCGACGAGGACCCCAGAAAAGGCAUCUGGCUGGAGUCGGGCAGGACCAUGGACUACUAUAUGCUCCGCAAUGGGGACAUCCUGGAGUACAAGAAGAAGCAGCGGCCUCAGAAGAUCAAGAUGCUUGACGGAGCGGUGAAGACCAUCAUGGUGGACGACUCCAAGACCGUGGGCGAGCUGCUGGUGACCAUCUGCAGCAGAAUAGGCAUCACCAACUACGAGGAGUACUCCCUCACCCAGGAGGGCGUAGAGGAGAAGAAGGAGGAGCACACGGGAACGCUGAAGAAGGACCGCACGUUGCUACGUGACGAGAAGAAGAUGGAGAAACUUAAGGCCAAGCUGCACACAGACGACGAACUGAACUGGCUGGACCACAGCAGGACCUUCCGGGAGCAGGGCGUGGAAGAGGUGGAGACGCUGCUGCUCAGGAGAAAGUUCUUCUACUCAGACCAGAACGUGGACUCCAGAGACCCGGUCCAGCUCAACCUGCUCUACGUGCAGGCCCGGGACGACAUCCUGAAUGGCUCUCACCCGGUCUCCUUCGACAAGGCAUGUCUGUUUGCUGGGAUUCAGGCCCAGAUCCAGUUUGGACCGUAUAUUGAGCACAAGCACAAACCGGGUUUCCUUGACUUGAAAGAGUUCCUGCCCAAAGAGUACAUCAAGCAGAAGGGCGCGGAGAAGAAAGUAUUCCAGGAUCACAGCAGUUGUGGAGAUAUGACCGAGAUCGAGACGAAAGUAAAAUAUGUCAAGCUUGCGAGAUCUCUCCGAACAUACGGCGUCACCUUCUUCCUGGUUAAGGAGAAGAUGAAGAGCAAGAACAAGCUGGUGCCUCGUCUGCUGGGCAUCACCAAGGAGUCCGUGCUGCGUGUGGACGAGAGGACCAAGGACGUGGUGCAGGAGUGGCCCCUCACCACCGUCAAGAGGUGGGCCGCCUCGCCCAAGAGCUUCACCCUGGACUUUGGCGAGUACCAGGAGAGCUACUACUCUGUGCAGACCACAGAAGGAGAGCAGAUCUCCCAGCUCAUUGCAGGCUACAUCGACAUCAUCCUCAAGAAGAAGCAAAGCAAGGACCGCUUUGGGUUGGAGGGAGAUGAGGAGUCCACCAUGCUGGAGGAGUCGGUCUCCCCUAAAAAGUCCACCAUUCUCCAGCAGCAGUUCAACCGGGUGGGCCGGGUGGAGCACGGCUCGGUGGCCCUGCCGGGGGUGAUCCGCUCGGGCUCCGUCGGGGCCGAGUCCCUCAGCACGGGCACCAUGCCCUCCGCCCAGCAGCAGAUCACCAUGGGCCAGAUGCACCGGGGACACAUGCCCCCGCUGAGUUCCGCCCAGCAGGCUCUGAUGGGAACCAUCAACACCAGCAUGCAGGCGGUGCAGCAGGCUCAGAUAGACCUGGGAGAGGUGGACAACCUCCCUCCACUGGGACAGGACAUGGCGUCCAAGGUUUGGAUCCAGAACAAGGUGGACGAGUCCAAGCAUGAGAUCCACUCCCAGGUGGACGCCAUCACAGCAGGCACCGCCUCCGUGGUCAACCUCACAGCAGGCGACCCCACGGACACGGACUACACGGCGGUGGGCUGCGCCAUCACCACCAUCUCGUCCAACCUGACGGAGAUGUCCAAGGGGGUGAAGCUGCUGGCGGCCCUGAUGGAGGACGACACCAGCGGGGGCAACCACCUGAUGGGCGCGGCCCGGACGCUGGCCGGCGCCGUGUCCGACCUGCUGAAGGCCGUGGAGCCCGCCUCCGGAGAGCCCAGACAGACUGUGCUGACCGCAGCAGGCAGCAUCGGCCAGGCCAGUGGGGACCUUCUGCGACACAUUGGGGAGAACGAGACAGAUGAGAGGUUCCAGGAUAUUCUGAUGAGUCUGGCGAAGGCGGUGGCCAACGCGGCCGCCAUGUUGGUUCUGAAGGCAAAGAACGUGGCCCAGGUGGCCGACGACACGGUGCUGCAGAACAGGGUCAUCGCCGCCGCGACGCAGUGCGCCCUGUCUACCUCCCAGCUUGUGGCCUGUGCCAAGGUGGUGAGUCCCACCAUCAGCUCCCCGGUGUGCCAGGAGCAGCUGAUCGAGGCUGGGAAGCUGGUGGACCGCUCGGUGGAGGGCUGCGUCCAGGCCUGCCUCUCCGCCACUGAGGACGGGGAGCUCCUCAAACAGGUGAGUGCGGCGGCCAGUGUGGUGAGCCAGGCCCUGGGAGAGCUCCUGCAGCACGUGCGGCAGUACACGUCGCGCGGGGAGCCCAUCGGACGCUACGACCAGGCCACCGACACCAUCAUGAACGUCACCGAGAACAUCUUCAGCUCCAUGGGAGACGCGGGUGAGAUGGUGCGGCAGGCGCGCGUGCUGGCCCAGGCGACCUCUGACCUGGUGAACGCCAUGCGCUCGGACGCCGAGGCGGAGGUGGACGUGGACAACUCCAAGAAGCUGCUGGCGGCGGCCAAGCUGCUGGCCGACGCCACGGCCAGGAUGGUGGAGGCGGCCAAGGGAGCCGCCGCGUACCCGGAGAACGAGGACCAGCAGCAGCGUCUGCGUGAGGCGGCCGAGGGCCUGCGUGUCGCUACCAACGCCGCGGCGCAGAACGCCAUCAAGAAGAAACUCAUCAACCGCCUUGAGAACGCAGCGAAGCAGGCCGCAGCAGCAGCUACGCAGACCAUCGCAGCGUCCCAGAACGCCGCGGCCUCCAACAAGAACACGUCUGCCCACCAGCAGCUAGUGCAGAGCUGCAAGGCCGUCGCCGACCACAUCCCUCAGCUGGUGCAGGGCGUGCGAGGUAGCCAGGCCCAGCCAGAUGACCUCAGCGCUCAGCUGGCCCUUAUCAUCGCCAGCCAGAACUUCCUCCAGCCGGGCAGCAAGAUGGUGACAUCCUCAAAGUCCUCGGUUCCCACGGUAACAGACCAGGCGGCGGCCAUGCAGCUGGGCCAGUGUGCUAAGAACCUGGCCACGUGCCUGGCCGAGCUGAGGACAGCCGCGCAGAAGGCCCAUGAGGCAUGCGGGCCGAUGGAGAUAGACUCGGCUCUGACCUCCAUCCACAACCUCAAGAGUGAGCUGCAAGACGCCCAGCUGGCCGCCGUCGCUGGCCAGCUUAAGCCCCUGCCUGGGGAAUCGCUGGAGAAGUGUGCCCAGGACCUGGGCAGCACGUCCAAGUCUGUUGGAUCGUCCAUGGCCCAGUUGCUCACCUGCGCUGCCCAGGGGAACGAACACUACACAGGCAUAGCGGCCAGUGAGACCGCCCAGGCGCUGAAGACCCUGGCCCAGGCGGCGAGGGGCGUGGCCGCCGCGACCACUGACCCCGCGGCCGCCGUCGCCAUGCUGGAGUCGGCGGGCGACGUGAUGGAGGGCUCGGCACUGCUGAUUCACGAGGCCAAGCAGGCGCUGGAAUGCCCCGGGGACGCCGAGAGCCAGCAGAGGCUGGCCCAGGUGGCCAAGGCAGUGUCCCACUCCCUCAACAGCUGCGUGAACUGCCUUCCGGGCCAGAAGGACGUUGACCUGGCCCUGCGCAGCAUCGGGGAGGCCAGCAAGAAGCUGCUGGUGGACAACGUCCCUCUCUCCUCCAAGUCCUUCCAGGAAGCCCAGAGUGAGCUGACUCACACGGCUGCCGAGCUCAACCAGUCGGCCGGCGACGUGGUCCACGCCUCCCGCAGCUCCAGCCGCCAGCUCGCCGCCGCCUCCGGCAAGUUCAGCCACGACUUCGACGACUUCCUGGACGCCGGCAUCGAGAUGGCCGGACACACCCCGAAGAAGGACGACCAGAUCCAGGUGAUCGGCAACUUGAAGAACAUCUCUAUGGCCUCCAGCAAGCUACUGCUGGCUGCCAAGUCCUUGUCCGUCGACCCUGCAGCCGCCAACGCAAAGAACCUGCUAUCAGCCGCUGCCAGAGCGGUCACAGACAGCAUCAACCAGCUGAUCACCCUGUGCACCCAGCAGGCGCCGGGCCAGAAGGAGUGUGACAACGCACUGAGAGAGCUGGAGGCCGUGAGAGGGUUGCUGGACAGCCCAAACGAGCCGGUCAGCGACCUCUCCUACUUCCACUGCAUCGACAGCGUCAUGGAAAACUCCAAGGUGCUGGGGGAGUCCAUGGCGGGCAUUUCCCAGAACUGUAAGCUGGGAGACGUGGGGGCCUUCGGAGACUGCGUGGGGUCGGCCUCCAAGGCGCUGUGUGGUCUCACGGAGGCUGCAGGACAGGCGGCCUAUCUCGUAGGAGUAUCGGACCCCAACAGCCAGGCGGGUCACCAGGGUCUAGUGGACCCCAUACAGUUUGCCAAGGCCAACCAGGCCAUCCACAUGGCCUGUCAGAACCUGGUGGACCCCGACAGCAACCCCUCCCAGGUCCUGUCUGCGGCCACCAUCGUGGCCAAGCACACUUCCGCUCUGUGCAACGCGUGUCGCCUGGCCUCCUCCAAGACCUCCAACCCUGCCGCCAAGAGACACUUUGUCCAGUCGGCCAAGGAGGUCGCUAACAGCACGGCUAACCUGGUCAAAACCAUCAAGGCCCUUGACGGAGACUUUUCGGAGGAGAACAGGAACAAGUGUGGCGUUGCCACGGCGCCGCUCAUCGAGGCGGUGGAGAACCUCACGGCCUUCGCCUCCAACCCCGAGUUCGCCACCGUGCCGGCCAAGAUCAGCCGCCAGGGCUGUGCGGCCCAGGAACCCAUCAUCCUAUCGGCACGCUCCAUGCUAGACAGCUCCACCCACCUGUUGAAGACCGCACGAUCAUUGGUUAUCAACCCCAAGGACCCGCCCACCUGGUCUGUGCUGGCUGGUCACUCCCGAACCGUGUCUGACUCCAUCAAGGCCCUUAUCACCGCCAUCAGGGACAAGGCCCCAGGCCAGCGCGAGUGCGACUCGUCCAUUGAUAACAUCAACCAGUGUAUCCGGGACAUUGAGCAGGCGUCCCUGGCCGCAGUCAGCCAGAACCUGCCCUGCAGGGACGAUAUCUCACUGGAGGCGCUGCAAGACCAGCUGACGUCCAGCGUACAGGAGAUUGGUCACCUUAUCGAUCCCGUUUCCACGGCAGCCAGGGGCGAAGCAGCACAGCUCGGCCACAAGGUGGCCCAGUUGGCCGGCUACUUCGAGCCUCUGAUCGUGGCGUCGGUGGGCGUGGCUUCCAGGCUGAGGGACCACCAGCAGCAGAUGACCUUCCUGGACCAGACCAAGACGCUGGCAGAGUCCACCCUACAGAUGCUCUAUGCAGCCAAAGAGGGGGGGGGAAACCCCAAGGCAUCGCAUACCCACGAGGCCAUAGCGGAGGCUGCUCAGCUGAUGCGGGAGGCGGUGGAUGACAUCAUGAUCACCUUGAACGAUGCGGCCAGCGAGGGGGGGAUGGUGGGCGGCAUGGUGGACUCCAUCGCUGAGGCCAUGAGCAAGCUGGAUGAAGGCACCCCCCCGGGGCUGGAGGGCUGCUUCGUGGACUACCAGACCAACAUGGUGAGGCACUCCAAGGCCAUCGCAGUCACCGCACAGGAAAUGAUGACCAGGUCGGUGACCUGUCCAGAGGAGCUGGGGGGGCUGGCCUCCCAGGUGACGGUGGACUACGGCCAGCUCGCCGUCCAAGGGCGACUGGCCGCCCACACAGCUGAGCCUGAGGAGAUCGGGUUCCAGAUCAAGACCCGGGUGCAGGACCUGGGGCACGGCUGCAUCUUCCUGGUCCAGAAGGCCGGGGCGCUGCAGGGCAUGCCCUCGGACAGCUUCACCAAGCGGGAGCUGAUCGAGUGCGCGCGGGCCGUCACCGAGAAGGUGUCUCUUGUCCUCUCGGCGCUCCAGGCCGGUAACAAGGGCACGCAGGCCUGCAUCACGGCUGGCAGCGCGGUGUCCGGCAUCAUCGCUGACCUGGACACCACCAUCAUGUUCGCCUCCGCCGGCACCCUCAACGCUGAGGACAACGAGUCCUUCGCCGACCACAGGGAGAGCAUCCUGAAGACAGCCAAGGCCCUGGUGGAGGACACCAAGAUGCUGGUGUCCGGGGCGGCGUCGGGCCAGGACCGGCUGGCCCAGGCGGCCCAGUCCUCGGCCAAGACCAUCACCCUGCUCACCGACGUGGUCAAGCUGGGCGCCGCCAGCAUCGGCUCUGACGACCCCGAGACCCAGGUAGUCCUUAUAAACGCGGUGAAGGACGUGGCCAAGGCACUAGGGGAGCUCAUCAGUGCCACCAAGUGUGCAGCUGGCAAAGCUGCAGACGACCCGUCCAUGUACCAGCUGAAGGGGGCUGCCAAGGUGAUGGUGACCAACGUGACGUCCCUGCUGAAGACGGUGAAGGCGGUGGAGGACGAGGCCACGCGGGGCACCAGGGCCCUGGAGGCCACCAUCGAGUGCAUCAAGCAGGAGCUCACGGUGUUCCAGUCCAGAGAGCCACCCGCCAACUCAACCACGCCCGAGGAAUUCAUCCGCAUGACCAAGGGCAUCACCAAUGCAACGGCCAAGGCGGUCGCCGCGGGCAACUCGGGCCAACAGGAAGACAUCAUCAGCACGGCCAACCUGAGCCGCAAGGCCAUCACAGACAUGUUGACCACGUGCAAGAAAGCGGCGUUCCACUCGGAGGUGAGCGAGGAGGUCCGGAGCCGAGCCCUGAUGUUUGGGACGGAGUGUACCACGGGAUACAUCGACCUCCUGGAGCACGUGCUGCAGGUGUUGCAGAAGCCCACACCCGAGCAGAAGCAGCAGCUGGCUGUGUGUUCCAAGCGGGUAGCGGGAGCUGUCACUGAACUCAUCCAGACCGCAGAGGCUAUGAAAGGCGCUGAGUGGGUGGACCCCGAGGACCCCACUGUCAUCGCAGAGACCGAGCUACUGGGCGCGGCCGCGUCCAUCGAAGCCGCAGCCAAGAAGCUGGAGCAACUGAAACCCCGGGCCAAGCCUAAGCAAGCUGACGAGUCCCUGGACUUUGAGGAGCAGAUCCUGGAGGCGGCCAAGUCCAUCGCUGCGGCCACCAGCGCCCUGGUGAAGUCUGCCUCGGCGGCCCAGAGAGAGCUAGUGGCCCAGGGCAAGGUGGGCUCCAUCCAGGCCAACGCCGUGGACGACGGCCAGUGGUCCCAGGGACUCAUCUCAGCCGCGCGCCUGGUUGCUGCGGCGACCAGUAACCUGUGCGAGGCGGCCAAUGCGUCGGUGCAGGGCCACGCCAGUGAGGAGAAGCUUAUCUCCUCAGCCAAGCAGGUGGCCGCCUCCACCGCCCAGCUGCUGGUCGCCUGCAAGGUGAAGGCUGACCAGGACUCAGAGGCCAUGAGGAGGCUGCAGGCUGCAGGCAACGCAGUGAAGCGAGCGUCUGACAACCUGGUGCGGGCCGCCCAGAAGGCUGCCUUCGACAAGGCCGACGACGACAACGUGGUGGUCAAGACCAAGUUUGUGGGUGGAAUCGCACAGAUCAUCGCCGCCCAGGAGGAGAUGUUAAGGAAGGAGCGGGAGCUGGAGGAAGCCAGGAAGAAGCUAGCUCAGAUCCGCCAGCAGCAGUACAAGUUCCUGCCCACGGAGCUGCGGGAGGACAGCAACUGAUGAACCACUGACUCCCUCCCACCCCCCGUCCCCCCCACACCCAAUCCCGGGGGAAGGCACCUGGACCGUUAUGGGGCCGUUAUGGACACCAACACGGCUCCCACCCAGUUUGUCCUACAAUACAAUGUCCUCAGCCCCUCCCCCCGCACAGUGUUCUACGGUCAGGAGAAGUAUAGAAGAGGCUUUUUACUGUUUCUUUUCUGUUUUGACGUCGACCUAAAUGGGGUAGAUUGUUAGUCUUGUGUUCAUCGUAAAUAACUGCUCUAUUCCCUUAUUGGUAUGCAGCAGGAGCAAGUGGAUGUUCUGAAAAGAAUGUAAGAUGCUUUGGGCAAAUGGUACUAACAAUGUGUUCUCAGGUUUGCCCCAAAGCUUCUCUUUGUUUUUUUCGUUUAUUUUCAUAACCCUCCGACCUCCCCUCCCCUCCGCAGUGCUUGUUUUCAAGUAACCUUAACAAAUACAGUGUUCCAAAGUGGCCUCGGAUUACAGCAAAGUUAGGUUUGAUUGUCGGCUAGUAGUGUCAGAUAUAUUGGAUAACUGGUGAAAAUAGUUUGGAUUAACACUGUGGAUUGGACAUUAGGUGAUAGUAUAAGGGCAUAACAUUUCUAUGUAAUGGACCAUUUUGAGAGAAGGAAGGUCUUUAGGAGAAAGGAAAUGUAUACAAACAGGCCUGUGUUUUGAGGCUGAGCUAUAUGACAUUAGAGGAAUCUGUUGUGAUAUUUUUAACCCUUCCAACUCAACACUAUUUGAAGCAAUAUGGAUACAUUUCUAACAUGGAAUUUGAAUAUUCUCAUCCGGGUCCUCUAGGGUUAAUGUCUAUUUCUCAUUCACCACAGUUUUCUCAUUGAGCCUUAUCAUGAUACAGUAGAUAUCGACAGGUGUAUGCAAUAACACAGUAUUGGCUGCAGAGGGCAGUAUGGGUUUGUGAUACAUUAUGAAGUGAUUAUUUUCUUAAAACGUGACAGAGAACAUAUAUUCGAUGAUUAAAAAAUAAAUACUUUGGAUGAUUUGAAAAAGAACGUCCAAAAUAUAAAAUACUAAAUAUGCGAUAGAAGAAGGUAUUCGACGAGACUAUUCAUAUUACUUUGCAUCCUAAUUGACUUUGCCCAUCAAUGUUUAAUACCCAUUCCAAUGCAGCAAUACCAAAAUCAAUCACUUUUGAGAAAAUUAUCCCUAAAAAUAUAUAUAUAUUUUUUCCCUUUAAUGUUAUCCAAAGACACGUUGUUUUAGUCCUACAUAAAGGAAGACGUUUCAAGAAAAGUGAAGAGCUGGUAUUUCUCUGUCCCCUUGAUUCUAACGGUGCUCUAGGCAGCCUUGGUGGGUGCGAAACUCGCUACUGCAAUAUCGGAACCCUUUGUUUACAGAGUGUUAUUGUGCGUUUGGUUCUCGUGUCUUACUGAUAUAAGCUGUGUGUGUUGUGCUAUUAGGUCCUGCUCUCUUUGUGUGAGACAAUGCAUGCAUGGCUUUGUAGUAACAACGCCUUUCCACCUGUUUUCCACCCAAGAACUCAUGAAGCCGAUCUGCAAAAACCGUAAGGAGAAAGUAUAGUGUCGUCUGCAAAACGGAGCGGUUAUCGUUGUCCUUCUUAAGCAGAGUGAAGUUCAGUGGUGUCUGUGCUGGUGUGUCGUGUGUCCAUCAGAACAAGUCUGUAGUGUGUUUAUGAUUAGUGCCUUAGUCUUUAGCCGACACAGUGUCUGGUCUGCUUGAUUGACCGCUUCACCUCUUUGGUUCAUGCAACUUAAUGAUCACAUGGUAGGAUUUGACGUCCCAUCGCCAAGUCUCUUCUCAUCUCUCCCCAUGCAUAUACAGGGCCUUUUCGGGAAUUUGGAUUUUUCCGUAAAUUGAACGAGAAUGUGUCUGUGUGAAAUGUACUAUCACGAUAUAGAUAUAAAUAAUGUGUGUGCAUAUUAUAGAAACAAGGACAACCUUUUUGUACUGCUUUCCAUGGGCAUGUGACACAAUGGUUGUGAGGAAGGACAAAACGGGGACAAGAUACAAGUUCCGGCUCCGUCCACAGUGUUGUUGUACAUUACAAGAAGAAGAAAAAAAUGAUCCCUAACCUUUUAUGAACAGAAUGUCGUUUUUUUCUUGAACUCUAUGCCACAAUGGAAGUUAAAUGUAACACAGAUCUGAAAAUGUAUGGCUGUCACAAUCUCGUGUGGCAUUUUUAACUGACAAGUGAAAUUGAAGUGCUUUUCCGUAAAAAUCAUUUCGGAACAUGAAGGUAUACAGUAAGGUGAAGAACCAAUGUGAAAUGUAUUUAAGUGGCCUCGAGAAAAACUAUUUUUUGUAUUCAAUGAUAAUAAAGGGUUUGAACAUUA